AUUCAGGGUGCUCAUACAAGCCUAUAUAAAUCUCCAGGCGAACAAGGUCAAUCCCACGCCCAUCUCUUUCUCACUUCUCUCAUCAGCUGAGUAGCGCGUUACGUUGCGAUUCGUCUCUUGACGAACUGAAGUGAGGGAGAGAACCAAUGGCCAAGUUCCAGCUGCUCGCCACUCUCUGCCUCCUCUCUGCCAUUGCUGCUAUCGCUCUGGCAUCCCCAAAGCCCCAGUUCACUAUCCAAGGCCGAGUAUAUUGUGACACUUGCCGGGCAGGCUUUGAGACCACUGCAACCGAGUACAUUAAAGGAGCCAAGGUGAAGAUGGAAUGCAAGCGUUACGACAACGAUGAAGUGUCGUACGAAGCUGAGGCGGUGACAGAUGGCAGCGGUACCUACUCGAUCACCAUCAACAACGACCACCAGGACGAGAUCUGCGAGGUGGUGUUGCUGGAAAGCCCCUUGGCUGGCUGCAACGAGAUCGUGGUCGGAAGGAACAGAGCCCGUGUUGUGCUCACCCAGAAUAGUGGCAUGUCAUCCGGUGUUCGCUAUGCUAACUCCCUCGGCUUCUACAAGGAAGAUCCACUCCCACUUUGCGGUGAAUUACUCCAGAUGUUCGCCUUGGAUGAUUGAUUUCAUUACACCAAGCAUAAAUUUAAGCAGCACCAACAUGCGCAGGCAUUUGGAAACGGAAAUGCAUGCUCCUCUUUAUUACUUAAUAAAUUACUUGCUUAAUUAAUUACCUCCUCGUCUUUGUCAAAUAAUCUAUAAUACCUAAUCAUUCAACAACAAAAAAUAAUGUACCAUCCAAGGCACUGCACUUGCUACCUUAUUUAUCA